AUGGAGCUGAGUCAACUUCCUCUUGUGCUCCUGCUGAUUACAAACAUCUACUCUAGACAUACUGAAGAAAGACCAAAAGCCAAAGUGACCAUUAAACCUGCUCAACAUGUAUUCAGUGGAGACACAGUCACUCUCAGAUGUGACAUAUAUGCUGAAGGAGUCACUGGAUGGCGCUACAGCUGGUAUAAAAAAGGUUCAAUCGGUGUUUUCAGUGAACAACAGGAACACACAUUCAGUCCUGUUAAAGAGGUUGACGCAGGUAAAUACUCCUGUUAUGGAGAAGAGACAGAAGGAUCACGAACAUCAAACAGUGAUGAAGUUACACUCACAGUAUCAGUUCCCAGAGCAGUUUUAAGUGUUUCUCCACAGACGUGGUUGACUGAAGGAGAUUCAGUGACUCUGAUCUGUGAGGUUAACGGCUCCUCUACAGACUGGACAUUCAGCUGGUUCACUGAGACUUUCUCAUCAGACUACAGCAAUCAUUAUAUUCUGCUCUCAGACAGCAGCAGAGGAGCUGGAGGAAACUACACUGUCAGUUCUGCUGCUCUAAAUCACACAGGAGUUUAUGUGUGCAGAGCAGAGAGAGGAAAACCAGCCUAUAACACACAGUACAGCAACACACAGUUAAUAUGGGUCACUGGUGUUUCUCCUCCAGUGUCUCUGAUCAUCAGUCCCAGCAGAACUCAACACUUCACAUCUGUCUCUUUCUCUCUGAGCUGUGAGGACCAGAGUGACUCUACUGGAUGGAGAGUGAGAAAAUACACAGACAAAUGGGGGCUGGAAGAUUGUUCAUCAUCAGAGUCGGGAUCACAAACAGGAUCUACAUGUACAAUCAGAUCCACCAUGAUAUGGGACACUGGAGUGUACUGGUGUGAGUCUGAAUCUGGAGAGAAAUAUCAUCCUGUUAACAUCACUGUACACUUUGAUGUGAUUCUGGAGAGUCCUGUUCAUCCUGUGACUGAAGGAGAUACUCUGACUCUACACUGUUUAUAUCAACAUACAACACCACCAAACCUCAGAGCUGAUUUCUAUAAAGAUGAAUCACUCAUCCAGAGUCAAACUACAGAGAUGAUCAUCUCUACUGUCUCAAAGUCACAUGAGGGUUUCUACUACUGCAAACACCCAGAGAGAGGAGAGUCACCCAAGAGCUGGAUCUCAGUCACAGCUUCCUCCAGAAGAUCAGGAUCUGAUGGUCUCAAUCCUGUGAUAGUUGGAGUGUCUGCUGGACUGACUGUCACAUUUUUGAUCGUUGUCUUCUUGGUCCUGUUGUGGCGCUACAGAAACAACAAAGGUGGAAGAUCUCAGUCUCCCUCUAGUGUCAGUCAACAGCAGAACAGCAGUCAGACAUCAGAGCAGAACCAGAGUGAAACAGGAAAUAAAACACUCAUGUCUGACAUUGUAAGUGGAGCUACUGACGUCACCUAUGUUGAGAUUGAACUCAAAUCUACAGAGAAACAGAAGAAAAAGAAAGACAUCAAGGGGAAAACCAGUGAAAGUUCAGACACUGUUUACUCUAAACUGAACCUGGUGACCCAUCAAGCUGCUGGAUCUAGUGAUGUGACGUAUGCUCAGAUUGAAUAAAUGGCUGGAGGAGAAACUUUCAAUCCCAGGAUGCUGAUGAGUUUAGGUUAAGAAGUCAUCAUCAUCAUCAUCAUCCUUUUUAUUCCUUUCAUGAAAAUGCAUUAUUUGUACAAGGCACAUACAAUUCAUUUAAAUUUUCCUUUACAUUUCCAUGAUCAGAAGGGCUGGAGAAUUACCAGGAUCACCAGUUCUGUAUCAUCUUUGUGAUUCUGAAAACCUGAUAGCAGUAGAUUUAUCAGUAUGUCAGUGAUUGUCUUUUAGCUCUGUUCUGUAUUAUUAAAAGUUACAUAAUUAUG